CGGCCGACCAGGCGAUGGGCUGGGGUGGGAGUGAGGCGAGGCCGCCGGGCGGCCUGAGGCGGGGGCCGCGAUCGUCUGCGCCUGCGCCGGGCACCGCUCCUCCUCCCCCGCGCGCCGACCGCAGGCGCCGGGCCUUUGUCUAAGCCGGUUCGCCUCUUAAGGCGGCCGCAGCCGGGUUAUUUCUGAGCCGGUUGUGGGUCCGGGUCGGCCUCCUCUCUCGGAGUCUGCGUCAUGGAUGGGGCUUCAGCCUCCUUCCUAUUUCCAGUCCGGCGACUGCUUCCCCGGCGGGUGCCGCGGCUCUUGUGCCCCUCCGCGAACCGUGGAGUCGGCGGAGGGCUGGAAUCAGCGUGGGCUCCAGGUCGCUGGCAGUCGGGUGGCAGAACUCCUCCGAGGCUCCUUGGGAAGAAGCCACACCCGAGGGAGCCGGACGGGGCUCGACACCCCGGCCCGUUGUGGUUCUGUACCCUUGCAAGGGGAGCCGUGAACGGAGCUUUUCUAACGCGGGUCCUGCCGAGCGCUUUUCCAGCUCCCCCUUCCCCCCAGCACACAGGAGAGCCUCUGUGUAGCCAGCUCUUGGCAGCCGUUAGGUUCAGUGUAUCUUUGCCUGCCUACAUCAAUCUGCAAGGGAGUUGCAGAAAGCCUCAUGUUCAUCGAGCCGAGAUGAAACCAGACAGAGGGUCAAGUUUACAGAUGACCGUGUCUGCAAGAGUCACCUGCUGGACUGCUGCCCCCAUGACAUCCUGGCUGGGACGGCGUCAAGCAUCUCGAGUAGUCAAGAUUGCAAGACAGAAUGCCUACAGACUUGUUGCACGCAUGGAUUUAGGAGAAUGUACCAAAAUCCACGACUUGGCCCUCCGAGCAGAUUAUGAGAUUGCAAGUAAAGAAAGAGACCUGUUUUUUGAAUUGGAUGCAAUGGAUCACUUGGAGUCCUUUAUCGCGGAAUGUGAUCGGAGAACCGAGCUUGCCAAGAAACGACUGGCAGAAACACAGGAGGAGAUCAGUGCAGAAGUUUCUGCAAAGGCAGAAAAAGUACAUGAGUUAAAUGAAGAAAUAGGAAAACUCCUUGCUAAAGCUGAACAGCUGGGGGCUGAAGGUAAUGUGGAUGAAUCCCAGAAGAUUCUUAUGGAAGUGGAAAAAGUUCGUGCAAAGAAAAAAGAAGCUGAGGAAGAAUAUAGAAAUUCUAUGCCUGCUUCCAGUUUUCAGCAGCAAAAGCUCCGUGUCUGUGAGGUCUGUUCAGCCUACCUUGGUCUCCAUGACAAUGACCGUCGCCUGGCAGACCACUUUGGUGGCAAGUUACACUUGGGGUUCAUUCAGAUCCGAGAGAAGCUUGAUCAGUUAAGGAAAACUGUUGCUGAAAAGCAGGAGAAGAGAAAUCAGGAUCGCUUGAGGAGGAGAGAGGAGAGGGAGCGAGAGGAGCGUCUGAGCAGGAGGUCAGGAUCAAGAACCAGAGAUCGCAGGAGGUCACGCUCCCGGGAUCGGCGUCGGAGGCGGUCAAGAUCUACCUCCCGAGAGCGACGGAAGUUGUCCCGGUCCCGGUCCCGAGAUAGACAUAGGCGCCACCGCAGCCGUUCCCGGAGCCACAGCCGGGGACAUCGUCGGGCUUCCCGGGACCGGAGUGCGAAAUACAAGUAACUACUCUGACUCCUUCGGUAGCUGCAACCAGGAGUGAGCCCUUCUCUGUGUUCCCAGGGUCUGCUGGGGGCCGUGUCUGGUGGGGAUGGGCCUGGGCUGGCACUCAGGAUAGGGCUGGGGAGUCAUAAACGGGACUCUGAGGUCUGGAAAGAGGCGAGAGGGCUGUGGAGGAGUUCGCGCAGCACGAGGUGACACCGCAGGAGCUGUACAUGUGUCCCCAGCCUGCACCCUUGGCCCUGCGCACCGUUGCGCCCAUACACAGAGUGGCAGAGCCUCAGUGUCCUGACCAUGCCCUGCUUACCUCUGCUUUCAUUUUUGUUUUUGGUAUUUUUUUCCCAUUGUGUGUGUGUGUGUGUGUGUGUGUGUGUUUGUUUUAGCAUAGUGUUGUGUUCUCCUUUGCUCCGUUGAUGUUGUAGUGAAGGCUCUCCUUAUUAAAACUCUUUACAGAGGUCA